GCCCGCGCCGCGCCGAGCUUUUUUUGCGCUAUCACGACCGCGCCGCAAGAUAACGAGCGUGUGAAUUGCUUCCUGACACGCCUGCAACAAGUCGCUAUCGCUUUCGCCACAGCUUUUUGCUGAACGGCAGUAAAAACAGAGCAGCUCCUCCUAGCAGCGAGCAGCCGCCGCGGCGCGCGAGCCGAGAAACGAUGGCCACGAAAUCAAUAGUAAUAGACCUCGAGAAGUGCAUCGACAAGGAGGUAAGGGUCACCUUCCAGGGCGGUAGAGAAGUGCGCGGCGUAUUGAAGGGUUUCGAUCAAUUAGUAAACAUCGUGCUCGACGACUGCGUCGAGGAGAUGCACGACCCCGACGACCCCUACAAGAAGACGGACGAAAGAAGGAGGCUGGGCCUGGUGGUGUGCCGGGGGCUGCAGGUGUCGCUCGUGUCGCCGGUCGACGGCAUGGAGGAGAUCGCGAACCCGUUCAUCCAGCAGGAGGAGGAGGUCGUGUAAUUACGUUAGUGAAUU